CCCGACGACCACAACCACAAUACGAACAUGAAACCUGUCCGACAUCGAUUCACUGAACGUUCGGACUCGAAUAGAGAAACAUUCAACCAAGCGACGAAGAAUAAGAAGAGCACCCAGGCUCGAAAAGCCAACGCGUUCAAAGCCCCUGUAUGUGGAUCGAGAAUGAGAAAGAAACUGACAUGUGCGCACGUAGUACGUAGGACUGAACAACAAUGAAAGGGUGCAUAGAUCGUAACAUCGAACGUACGAACUCUGAGCAUACUCAGAGGAAAGAAGACGAAAACAAAACGCAUCCAUAGAAAAAGAGCGUCGCACGUGUGCUGCAUAAAGUGAACAAUUGCAAACAAACAAAAGUUCAAAGAAGAAGAAAAAGAUCCUACGAAUUAGAAUGGAUGAAAUAAUAAUGAUAGUGCGUGAUUCGAACGCUGGAAGAAGGGAGUAAGUGGUAGUAACUAUGACAUUCGCUGGCGGGGGCAUCGAGCGGAAGGUGUGUAU